CAUAAAAAUAGGACAAGAUAAAUGUAUCCUUAAAAAAUAUAAAAAGACAUUUGUUUCCCUCUCCCCAUGUUUGGUCUGAUUUCCACCUCCUUUCCUGGCUGUCUUUAUAUUCUGUGUCUCUCUCCUCCUUGUUUUAGUCAUCUGUGUGAGGUAAGAAAGAGAAGAAGACAAUACAACUAAUAAAAAGUUUUCAUAUGGGUUGGUUCAUUUGUGGUGGAAAUUCAAACCAAAAUGAAAAGAAGAAGCUGCCUAUCAACAAUAACACCACCACCACCAACAACUUUGAUCAUCAGAUCCCAUCUACUUCAGAGAAACUGAAAGUGAAUUCUGCACCAAAUACUAAGAAGGAAGCUACUAAAGAUGGAGGGUCGGAUCACAUUGCGGCGCAUACUUUUACGUUUCGUGAAUUGGCAGCUUCAACAAAGAAUUUCAGGCCAGAUUGCCUUCUCGGUGAAGGAGGUUUUGGCCGAGUGUAUAAAGGGCGAUUAGAGAGCUCUAAUCAAGUUGUGGCAAUCAAGCAGCUCGAUCCUAAUGGACUGCAAGGGAACAGGGAAUUCCUUGUUGAAGUAUUGAUGUUGAGCCUGCUUCACCACCCUAAUCUUGUCAACUUAAUCGGAUAUUGUGCUGAUGGAGAUCAGAGACUUUUGGUUUAUGAAUACAUGCCAUUAGGAUCUUUGGAAGAUCAUCUACAUGAUUUACCUCCUGAUAGAAGGCGACUUGAUUGGAAUACUAGAAUGAAAAUAGCUGCAGGUGCUGCAAAAGGUUUGGAGUAUUUGCAUGACAAAGCUAGCCCGCCUGUCAUAUAUCGAGAUUUAAAAUGCUCAAACAUUUUGCUUGGUGAAGGCUACCAUCCGAAGCUAUCUGAUUUUGGCUUGGCUAAAUUAGGCCCUGUUGGAGAUAAGACUCAUGUAUCGACUAGAGUAAUGGGGACCUAUGGAUAUUGUGCGCCUGAAUAUGCAAUGACUGGACAGCUUACACUGAAAUCAGAUGUUUAUAGUUUCGGGGUUGUUUUGCUUGAAAUCAUUACUGGAAGGAAAGCUAUCGACAACUCGAGAGCUGGUGGUGAGCAAAAUCUAGUUGCCUGGGCUCGUCCACUAUUUAAAGAUAGAAGGAAAUUUGCGCAAAUGGCCGACCCAUUACUUCAGGGCCAAUAUCCGGUGAGGGGUUUGUACCAAGCUCUAGCUGUAGCUGCAAUGUGUGUUCAGGAACAGCCCAACAUGCGGCCGCUUAUAGCGGAUGUAGUCACUGCCCUCACCUAUCUUGCUUCUCAAAGGUAUGAUCCUGAAACUCAGUCGGUUCAAGGAGCCCGCACUGCUUCUUCCACUCCGAGAAUGCGAAGGGAAUAAUGCCAAGCUAAAGGGAGAAGUAAACCAUUACUCAUAUGUCAGAAUCGAAUCUGUUGGUAACUGAUGAUCAAGAUUAAAGACCAAGAACCAACAGGUUCAUAUGUUCGAGAUUUACUGCCGAGCGGCCACAAGAUGGCAAUCACUAUGCAAGCGGUAUCCCUACACCCUUUUGUCAUGUCCUAUUUUCUCUUCAUUUUUGUCCAAAUUCAUUUUUUUAAUGUAAAUUUGAGCUUGAAAGCCUUGUAUCUAAAAUGUCUUUUUAAUAUAGAAACGGGUGUCCCUUUAAAGAUCAUUCAAUUAUGCUUGUUUUUAUCCAAAAAAAAAAAAAUUAUGCUUGUCAAUAUUGAACAUUGCUAGAUUAUAUAGUAAUUUAUCUAGUUGCUAGCUUUUGCUUUCAGUAGGCAUUUUUGUAGUUUCUUCCCCUUUCUCCUUACCAUGGAGAAAGACAUGCGUAUUCAUAUCAUAUUCUUGUAUUUUACUUUUUAUAUGUUAAUAAUUCUUAUUAUAUAGGUUUUAAGGUAUUUGUCUGCUUCUUAUUACUUUUCUUGUGUCGUUUCAUGGUAAAAGUAAUGGAGACUCCUGUACUAAGAGUCAAUUUAUAUUUUGGCCUUUCUAUUAAAAAAUGAACAAAUUAGUCCUUACGUUAGAUCAAAGAUUGAAUUAAUCUUUCUUUUAAAAAUUUUAUCUAUUUUUAUUAUUAAAAUUGAUCUUUGUGCCUCAUUAUGAGGUACAUGACACACCAAGCAUCAUUUUGUUGUUAUAGAGAUUAAUUUAUUUAUUUUUUAGUAAAUAGAAAAAAUAUAAUCUGAUUCUUAAUAAGGGUUUUUUUAUGGUACAUUUAUUAUGAAUGCACAUGCUUCAACUAGAUAUACAAAUAAAAUCUUGAUUACAUUAUAAACUGGGUAGAAUUGCAGGCAACUUACUAAAAUUAUCAAAAUAAUAUAUUGAUUCCCAUAAAAAACAGAACCAUCUGUCAUGGAUUUGCAGAUUCCUUUUCUCCACCUAUAUAUUACGUACAUAUAGCAUCUUCAUCUCUCCAUACAUAUAUAUACAUAUAUAUACAUACAUGAUAUACAUAUCACUAUGCAAGUAGUGCUAAGAAUUAAGAGGGACUAAUAUGAAUUUUCAUAGAUCAAAG